UUUCCUAUGAGUGCUAAUUAAGCUGCGAAAUCAAACACUCUUACCUCUGUUUUCUUUCGAAAAACCAACACCCACUCGUAAACACAAACUUGUAUUGUACCAACUGCUUCUUCAACCAUACUGCAUAUGGGGCUUUUACACUGGAGUUCGGCUCUACCAUCUUCAUCUUUUUGCAUGCAUGUUUUUUUCCUUCUCUGGUGCAGUGGCUUCUUAGUCACCUCCAUAGUUGGCGGGAAUAAUGAGACCAACCGGUUGGCGUUGCUUGAGUUCAAAGCCAAGAUCACACAUGAUCCUUUUGGGGUUAUGACAUCUUGGAAUCACAGCUUGCACUUUUGCAAAUGGCAAGGGGUUACUUGUGGUCGCCGACAUCAGAGGGUUACUGUGUUGGACCUACAAUCUUCAAAACUGGUAGGCUCUAUAUCACCAUAUAUUGCAAAUUUAAGUUUUUUGAGAAAUCUAACCCUUCAAAACAAUAGCUUUCACAAUGAAAUCCCUCCAGAAAUUGGCCAUUUGCAUAGAUUGCAAGUCUUACGAUUGGACAAUAACACACUUAGCGGCAAGAUUCCUAGCAACUUAUCCGGUUGUGCAAACCUCAUUGAAUUUCGAGUCAAUUACAACCUUUUGAUAGGAGAAAUCCCUACAACGCUUGGCACCUGGUUAAAGCUGAGAUACUUUGCUCUUUACAACAAUAAUAUGACAGGAAGUAUCCCGCCUUUUUUUGGAAACUUAUCAUCACUAGAAAAAUUUUCUCUAGUUUAUAAUAACUUUGGUGGGAAUAUCCCUGAAUCUUUUGGCCAAUUGACUAAGCUCACAUUCUUAUCUGUGAGUAAAAAUACGUUGUCUGGUGUAAUUCCUCCCUCAAUCUUCAAUCUGUCCUCAUUAACAAUCUUAAAUGUAGGAUUCAACAAAAUACAAGGGAGUCUUCCAUCAAACAUAAGUAUCACUUUACCAAAUAUUGAAAGAUUAGGCAUCGCUGAAAACCAAUUUACUGGAUCUAUCCCUGCUUCAAUAUCUAAUGCUUCAAAUCUAGAGAGAUUUGAAGUGUUUGAAAAUAAACUAGGUGGAAAAGUUCCUUCUUUGGAGAAGCUAAAUAGACUUUCAUUUUUUAUCAUUUCCAUGAACAAUCUUGGAAAUGGAGUGGCAAAUGACUUGAGUUUUCUUUGUUCUUUGACAAAUGCCACCAAUUUGGUUGCACUAGACAUAAGCAGCAAUAAUUUUGGGGGGGAGUUGCCCAAGUGCAUUGGAAAUUUCUCAACUACUCUUACCCUAUUAUUUCUAGAUAAUAUUAAAAUAACUGGAAAGAUUCCAACUGGGAUAGGAAACUUAAUCAACUUGGAGAGAUUAGAUAUGUGGAACAAUAAAUUAUCAGGUAAUAUUCCCUCUGAAAUUGGAAAUCUUCAGAAGUUACAAAUUUUGACAUUGAAUACAAACAAAUUCUCUGGCAACAUUCCAUCCUCUCUUGGAAAUUUAACAAGUGUGAUGAACUUGUAUCUAUAUAAAAAUCAUCUUCAAGGCAGCAUACCUUUGAGUCUAAAUCGAUGCCAAGAUUUGAUAAUUUUGAAUGUCAAUAAUAACAAUCUCAGUGGUUCAAUAACUCCACUAGUCAUUGGUCUCUCUUUCUCAACAAUUCUCCUAGAUCUUUCUGGCAACAAGUUUACCGGAGUCAUUCCCAUGGAAAUAGGAAAUUUAAAAAAUCUAGAAAAAUUGGAUAUUUCUGAAAACAUGUUGUUUGGCAAAAUUUCAGAAAGUCUUGGAAGCUGUGUAAAGUUGGAAUAUCUAGGUAUGGGAAGAAACCUCUUCCAAGGGAUCAUUCCUCCAUCUUUGGAAUUAUUAAGAGGUCUUCAAUAUCUAGAUCUUUCUAACAAUAAUUUGUCUGGCCAAAUUCCAAAAUUUCUAGAGCUCUUUCCUUACUUGCAAUUUUUGAAUUUGUCUUACAACCAGUUUGAGGGUGAGGUACCAAUAGAUGGAGUUUUUAAGAACACAAGUGCAACAUUCAUUAAGGGAAAUGGUAAGCUCUGUGGGGGUAUACCUAGGUUUCAGCUUCCUGUAUGCAAAUAUGAAAAAUCCAAGAAGAGGGAGUUGAGCCUAAAAUUGAAGUUAAUAAUCGCUAUAUUUUCUGGGCUUGUUGGAGUAACCUUGGUUAUAUCACUUCUAGUUCUUUGUUGCAUAAGAAAGGAAAAAAAAGAAAAUUCCUUAAGGGACACAAGAAAUUUUCUUUUGAAUCUAUCUUACCAAAGUCUCCUAAAUGCUACCAAUGGAUUCUCCUCUACCAAUUUAAUUGGUGUGGGUGGUUUUGGCUCAGUUUAUAAAGGAAGUCUUGAUCAUGGUAGACAUAUAGUUGCUGUCAAGGUGCUCAACCUUAUGCAUCAAGGAGCUUCAAAAAGUUUCCUAGCUGAGUGUGAGGCUCUGCGAAACAUUAGACAUCGUAAUUUUGUAAAGGUGAUCACAGCAUGUUCUAGUAUUGACUAUCAAGGUAAUGAUUUCAAGGCUUUGGUAUAUGAGUUCAUGGGAAAUGGCAACCUAGAUGAAUGGUUGCAUCCAACUCAUAGUCAAAAUGAGGCACUUGGGGAGCAAAGGAAUUUGAGUCUUCUUCAAAGAUUGAAUAUUGCUAUUGAUAUUGCUAAUGCAUUAGAUUACCUUCAUUGUCAUUGCCCAACACCAAUCAUUCACUGUGAUCUUAAGCCCAGCAAUGUUCUUCUUGAUGAUGAUAUGGUUGGACAUGUUGGUGACUUUGGCUUAGCAAGAUUCCUUCUUGAUGUUACACAAGACCAUUCUACUAAUCAAUCAAGCUCUAUUGGCGUAAGAGGAACAAUUGGUUAUACUCCUCCAGAAUAUGGCAUGGGAAACGAGGUGUCAACAUAUGGCGAUGUCCAUAGUUACGGCAUAUUAUUGUUAGAGAUGUUUACAGGAAAAAGGCCUACUGAUAUUAUUUUACAAGACAGCUUAAACCUUCAUGACUUUGUUAAAACUACUUUACUGAAACCAACAAUUGACAUUAUAGAUCCAAUCCUUCUUUGGGAAAGAGAAGAUGGGGAGACAAGGAUGAACGUCAUUACUUGCAAUGAGGGUCAAAAUGGAAGUCAAACAAGUCAAGAAUGUGUGAUUUUGAUACUUGAAAUUGGAGUUGCUUGUUCGGUCGAAUUUCCAAGAGAAAGAAUGAACAUGGAUGCUGUUAUAGUUGAGCUACAUACAAUUCGACAAAAGCUUCUUGGAACUAAUAUGCGCAAAUAAAGGCUUCAAGCCACAGGUGCACAAAGAUGAUAGCUUGUUAUCAAGGUUGUCAUCAUGAUCUUCUAAGUUUAUGAAAUAUAUAAAAUUGGAGCAAAUAAUCAAUCUUGUAGCUUCUCUAU